AUGUUGCCGGAGCAACGUGACGCGGCGCCGCCCCGCGCGACAUCCAAUCCUCGUACAGCAUCUUUAACGUCCUCGGAAUAUCCGAGCGCGUCGGCGGGAGCCAGAGUCCGCGGCCUCCUUCCUCCUGCGGCGUCCCCCUCAGCCUCUCUGGCCGCCAAGGACCACUUCAAAAGCAGACGAAUAAAGCCUCCCGCGCCCCUGCCCUCCGCCGCGGCCGCCGAGGCGCGCGCGAGGGGCCCGAGUGCAACACGUGAGCCGCAAUCGAUCUCCCGGGAGCGGCGAUCAGCGGAGCAUCCCGCCUUGUUGUGGAAUCCUUCACGAGCGGAGGGGGCGGCGACCCCGACCGCCGACGUCGAUGGGACUGCUCUUACCCCCGCUCCCGUCAUCCCACCGCUAGAAAGCAUCCUCAAAGGACGGCUCCAAGUGGAAGGGCCAUCGGCAGCCACUUCAGAGACGCACGCCAGUCACGGGAUUCGAACCAGCAGUCCUCCUUCGCACGGCUUGUCCCUUCGACCAGUUAAGCGCCCUAAUGGCCUCCUCCGAGUGGACAAGGAAAAAAAAUUUAUGCUCUGGAACAAUGAUAUUGCCCCCUGCUUAAAUUUAACCUUGGCUGGAAAAAAAUCUGGAGGGAGAGUGUUCCAUGGAUCUACUGUACAAGUAAACGCCUCCGAACGCGGGGCCACACAAGUCCUUGACGUUAGCACGAGAAAUAGACGUCUCGCCAUAAGGCCGACGAUUCGCGCUCCUUUGCUUACGAGACGUCCCAGCCUCGGCCCCUCGAGGAGCUCACCUGAGGCGUUAGCCAACUGCCCGUGUUCUCCGUCCUCACAGGCGGGAGCUUCCGGGAGCCAGGUGACGUGUUCCUCUACUUCGUCGGGAGCCAGGUGA